AUGAGGAAGAACAUGGAUUCAAUCACAGUCUCAGCAAUGAGAAAAAUGCCAGGAAAUAUUCAUUACCCAGUGAUUACAGAGUUGUCUUUACAAGGAGUGGGAAAAAAUGAGGGAAAUGUAGCCAGAUUUGGAGAAUGAUGUGAUAGAAAAUGUCUGUGAUAGAGAAGGAAACGCCCAAGCUAACAAGGAGGACUGCAUGCAUAAUGACAACUCUGCCACAGCUGAGUCAGUAGUGAAUAUGUAG